AUGUGGAUUCCACAUACAAUACCAAAGACAACUUUUCACCUAUUCAUUCCAUCAGAAAAAACUGUCCCUUGCAGGUUGCGAUCGAAUGAGGUCGAACAUAAUAUUAACUCUGUGGACUUUAGCUGGGCGGAUUGUACAGCCAAACCGUUAAAAUUACUUUGUUUAGAUAAUAUAGCCAACCAUUUUGCUCAGUAUCCCAAACAGUUGUUUGAUUGUAUUAAUCACAUGAACAUAGAGUAUCUUGUGGAAAUACUGAGUAUUAGUUUACCGAUCUCUUUAGUCAUCCAUGUUCCUGGCGAUGAGUAUUGGCGACGGCGGUACGACCAUACAUGGCCGAACUCUGUUAAAACAACACGGAACACUGUAGUUACAGAGUCUUUGAAAAUUAUUUAUUUGACCAAAUAUGUAUCGGAAAUAAUUGAAAACUUGGAACCAGGAUAUGUUGAUGAAUCGGAACUUUCCGAGAUAUUGAUGGUUUGCAGCCCAUAUGUUACUUCGAUAUUUUGCCAACAGCUUCGUAUUCAAGGUUUGAUGGUACAGACAUUGUCGAUCGAUGAAUCGAAAGAUUAUUUACCUUACGAUCCGAUUCACAUCGAUUUGAGUUUUGUGUUGGGUAUUUUAAAUAAUGUGCGGACUUUAAGUCUAGUUUAUGGUUCCAGGACAUUUACAACUGAGCCACCGAUAUAUACUCCUGCACAGUACAGGUUCAAUAUUGAUGACAUGGACACGCUUGGCCGUGGUUUGUUAAUAUCGAAACAUUUGACCAGCCUGGCAAUCACUAAGAGUGAACUAAAUAUGGCUAAGUUCAACAGGCUAUUACCAUAUUUGAUGGAAUAUCAUGGUCUCGAAGAAAUAAACUUUUCGUUUUGUAAACUAUGUUCACUAGGUGUGAAAUCAGUAGCACAUUUUGUAAAAACUGCGAGAACGUUAAAGUUAGUAAACUUGUGUGGUAACCAAAUCGGCCCAGAUGGAGUUGAAUCAUUAUCAUUUGUUAUGUUAUGGAGAAGAAAUAACAACUAUCCGGCAAUUGAAUUAAAUUUAAGUAUGAAUAAUAUAAGUGAUAUUGGUGCUAAAUAUUUAGCAUCUGCUUUAGCGUCAGGAGUUCAGCCUUUUACUAAACUUCGGAUUCGUAACUGUAAUAUAACAGAAAUUGGAGGCUUAAACAUUGCUCAAUCAUUAGCAUAUGAUCAUGGAUUACGUGCUUUAGAAAUAGAUAACAAUCCAUUAACUUUAGAAGUGGCUAUUGCGUUACACACAUCGUUGAAAACGAAUUUGAAUAUUGAAAUUAUUUCUCUUCAAAAUUGCAACUUCUCUCAGAACAUUACAAAUUUUCUAAGCAGAGUAGGAUUUUAUAAUAAACACAAUAAACGUUCUGCGUUUAUCUAUUUGGAUUUCGAGUACUUAUAUGAUGAAAUAAAAGAAGAAGACAAUAUCUCAUUGGAAGAAGAGAUGAUGGAAUUAGAAAUCAUGGAAAAUGACGAAAAAGAAGGACUAUUAUAAUAUAAACUGUAUUAUCUAUAUAUAAUUAUUAAUACAUGAAAAAAAAUACUCAAAUAAUCAUUAAAACUGGUUUUUAAACAUUUUUAUAGUGCAAUUUAAUAAUAAUGUCAUAUAACUUUUUAACGAAAAUAUUUAUUAAUUAAAAAUUAUAGUGAAACAAAA